AUGUACUGCCAGCGUCUCGCUCUCCCGCUCACCCGCUCCCUCCUGGUAAGUUGUUAUUUUUAGCUUUCCAAAUUCAGAUGGCGAUCGUCUGAAAAAUUUAAAAAAAAGAAAUUUAUUCAAAUUUAUUUUCAGGCCUCGAGAGCCCCACUCGCUCUCCGCAUGGAGAACGCUGUCGCUGCUCGCAUGAUCAGCACCACCGUUGCCCGCAAGGACAUCGACUCUGCUGCCAAGUACAUCGGAGCUGGAGCCGCCACCGUCGGAGUCGCUGGAUCCGGAGCUGGAAUCGGAAACGUCUUCGGAGCUCUCGUCAUCGGAUACGCCCGUAACCCAUCGCUCAAGCAACAGCUCUUCUCGUACGCUAUUCUCGGAUUCGCCCUCUCCGAGGCUAUGGGACUGUUCUGCUUGACUAUGGGUUUCAUGAUCUUGUUCGCUCUCUAA